CAUGAAGAAACAAAUUCGGAAGGCGUUGGUAAAUUUGAAAGCAAUCAAGUUGAUUGCUUCUUCCUCAAACAACAACAACGACAAUAACUCUUCGACCAUGUUUAGAAUCUUGAAAGAAGCAGAAACAGUCACUAUAAGCUCACUAGAACAUUUGCUGCUAUUUAUCUGCGAUCCAAAAGGACACUCAAAUAACAGAAGAUGGUCAGCAAUAUCCAAGUUGAUGCAUUCUAAAAGAGUAGUUUGUGAUUCUCAAGAAUUAGACACAAAUGAAUUUGAGAAGGUGGAUGCAGCUUUGUUGUCUCUCAUCAACCACAAGUCUUUAUCUACUGAAAAUUAUCAAAGUCAUAUGGAAGAUUUGGAGAUGUGCAUUCAAGACCUAGAAAUAGGAGUCGAACAAAUAUCAAGAAAAUUAAUUAGAAAUAGAGUUUCACUUCUUAACAUAUUCAACCAUUAAUCAUAGUGUCUAUAUG